AACAAUGCAAGUAAUUAGCCUUCUAAUCGUCUAUAAAUUUUGUCAUUGAGGCCUCCCAAAGAUCUCAUCUCACUUUUUCUCACGAUCCAAAACGUUAUCUUCUCAAUCAUGGCUAGAACAUCCCUACCCUUGCUUGCCCUAAUUGUGUCGCUAUCCUACACUGCCGUCGCGGCCAACGACACCACAACCGAGUUGGUGGAUCCCAUGACUUUCAUCGAGGCCUCGUGCAGCGCCACCACCUAUCCUCCGGUCUGCAUCCGAACUCUAUCGAAGCACGCCAGGGAAAUCCAAGAACGCCCACACCGAUUGGUUCAAACCGCUUUGACAGAGGCCCUGGCCCGGGUGGAGACAACGAAGGCAAACAUGUUGAAGCUGACCAACAUGAAAGGCCUAAAGCCCAUGGAGUAUGGAGCCCUGAAGGAUUGUUUGGAUCAGGUCGCGGAGACUGUGGACCGGCUCAGCCAAUCGGCUCGUGAGCUCGAGAAAUUGGGCCAAGCCCAAGGUGAGGACUUUUCAUGGCACAAGAGCAAUGUAGAAACUUGGACAAACGAGGCCUUAAAUCAGGUGAGGGCUUGUGUGGGCGGGUUUUCGGGCCAAACUUUGGAUGGGAAGAUUAAGGACUCGGUUCAGGCCCAGACCACUAAGGUUGGAGGCCUCAUAAGCAUGGUGCUAGAAUUAGUUCAACAAUUUGAAGGGAAGAAAUUGAGCCAUUAAUUAACCUAAUUUGAAUGGCGGGAAUCUUCAAGAAGAAUGGAGAUGUGAUGCUUUAUUUUCAUGAUUUCGACGUUUGGAAGAGACGGGAAUGAGAAUGUGAUGCCAUACUUCCAUGAUUCCUAUGUUCAGAAGAGA